AUGGCGUGUCGGCAACUGUCUUUCGUGACCCCGCAACUUAUUUACCUUUUUUCCACGAUCUUUCCUCUCGCUGCACUCUGUGUCGACGUGCUCCAAUUCGUAGAUCCUCUUAUUGGUAGCACUAACGGCGGAAACGUAUUCGCAGGUGCCACAAGGCCAUACGCUUUGGCAAAGCCUGUCGCGGAUGUGGAUGGACAGAAUACCGGGGGGUUCGCAACCGAUGGCUCAAGUAUCACGGGCUUCUCAGCAGUUCAUGACAGCGGCACGGGCGGGAACCCUAGCCUAGGAAACUUUCCUUUAUUCCCCCAGAUAUGUCCUGGGGGUGACGUGAAUAAUUGUAACUUCCUCAUAAGUGAGAGAGCCACUCACUACAUAGAGGAAUCGGUGGUUGCUCGACCGGGCUACUUCGGGGUGGAAUUAGUCUCGGGGAUAAAGGCCACAAUGACCUCUAGCGAUCACGCUGCAUUAUAUAAGUUCGAAUUUCCGACGGGGGACGAUCAGUAUCCCUUAAUCCUACUCGAUUUGACGGACCUAUGGAAAAGCCGCCAAAAUGCAUCAGUUAGCGUAGAUGCCGAAAGCGGGCGGCUGAAGGGAAAUGGCACGUUCCUCCCUAGUUUCGGACCUGGGUCGUACGUGAUGCACUUCUGCGUGGACUUCUUUGGCGGCGAUGUCAUUGAAAACGGGGUAUGGGUCAAUAAUCGAGCAGGCACGGAUCCGAAAGAACUUUUCGUCACUCGUGGUUUCAACCUCUUCUAUUUAGAAGCCGGAGGGUGGGUUGGAUUCGGCAAGCUGGCUAACAAUACCUUAACCGCUAGAAUGGGAAUAAGUUUCGUAAAUGCCGAUCAGGCUUGCCGGCGGGCAGCAGAAGAAAUUCCCAGCCCGCUCAACGACUUCGACGGGCUCGUGGCCGACGCGGAAGAUGCAUGGCGAGAGAAGCUGAGUCCGAUAUCUGUUGAUGCUGGCGGUGCCAGUGAUGAAUUCCAAACUAGUUUCUGGAGCGGUCUGUAUCGCACUAUGAUCUCUCCCCAGAACUAUACCGACGAAAACCCGUACUGGAAUAGUGGGAUACCAUACUUCGACUCGUUCUAUUGCAUUUGGGAUUCGUUCCGCGUUCAGCAUCCGCUCCUCACCAUCCUUGAUCCACACGCGCAAAUUCAGAUGGUCAACUCGCUUUUAGAUAUUUAUAAGCACGAGGGCUGGCUACCCGAUUGUCACAUGUCACUCAGCAACGGCUGGACCCAGGGUGGCUCAAAUGCAGAUGUUGUGCUUGUCGAUGCUUACGUCAAAAAUCUUACAGGCAUCAGCUGGGACGUUGCGCUCGAGGCUAUCAUCCAGGACGCCGAAGUUGAACCAUUGGAAUGGGCAUAUCACGGCCGGGGUGGCCUACGAAGCUGGAAGGAUCUCCGAUAUAUUCCUUACCUGGAUUUUGAUCCGGUAGGAUUCGGUACUAACUCGCGCAGUAUUUCGAGGACGCUCGAAUACGCAUAUAAUGACUAUUGCCUCGCCACGUUAGCGCGAGGGCUCUGGAGAGAUGAUUUAUACGACAAAUAUGUUCUACGAAGUGCUAACUGGCAGUAUCUAUGGAAAUCAGACCAGCGCUCAGUUAUCGAUGGAAAUGAUACUGGAUUUACGGGCUUCGUGGAGCCAAAGUACCAAAAUGGCACUUGGGGAUUUCAAGACCCGAUUGCAUGUUCGGCGCUUGCAAGCUUUUGCUCGCUCACCACCAAUCCUAGUGAGACCUUUGAGGCUAGUAUUUGGCAAUACCAGUUCCUUGUCCCACAUUCGAUGUCUGUCUUAAUCCAGCUGAUGGGGACCGAAGAGCCAUUUAUUCAGCGCCUCGACUUCUUUCACACGUCAGGACUAGCUGAUAUCUCCAACGAGCCGGUUUUCUCGACAGUGUAUUUGUAUCAUUAUGCCGGUCGUCCUGGGUUAUCCACAAAACGGCUACACACCUAUAUCCCGUCAGCAUUUAACACGUCUCACGGGGGACUCCCAGGAAAUGACGAUUCAGGUUCGAUGGGUGCAUUCGUCGUAUUUGGGAUGCUAGGCCUUUUCCCAAUAUCUGGGCAAGAUGUGUACCUCAUUUCGGCGCCAUUUUUUCAGGGAAUCAACAUAACGAGUCCUCUGACGGGGAGAACGGCACAGAUCAAAACCGUCGGAUUCGAUGCCGAAUACAAAAAUAUCUACAUACAGAACGUAACAGUAAAUGGCAAACCGUGGACUAAAUCUUGGAUCAGCCACUCCCUUUUUAACGAGGGGUGGACGAUGGAACUAGUGCUUGGAAGCCAGGAGUCUGAAUGGGGCACCAAACUAGAAGAUAGACCACCUAGUUGGGGUGGGGUGAUGGCAGCCAUGGGCGACAUCAGCAGCCCCGAUGAUGCUGAUACUCAGCGCGAGUUAGACAUCAUUAUGCACCAUAUCAACUUUGAUCAGGACCGCCCACCUCCUAUCCCUGGUCAAGAAUGGCGAAGCUACCCCGAAUUACCUACGAGUCGGGACCUUAACCCCGAUUGGGAUAAUCAGGAGCAACUGGCCGAGAUACGAAAUCUUCCGCCUAACACAUGGAAAGAGCCAUGGGAGAACAAGAAUACUUAUCUCGAGACGCAUUACCGUCUCCAGAGGGAAGAAAGUAUCACUAUGCUACGCCACUCGAUUAGAAAGCUAAAAGUUAAACCUUCCAUGAUGGAUGAUAGAGAGACAUGCAUCUACACUAAAGUUUUUGUCCGGGGCUACUUGAUGACCCGUCUUGGUCCUAUGUGCCAGGUCCAAUUCUCGACUGAGAGAUCUGGCAAGAAGAUCCGCUGGGGUCAGACCCGACGACUCACGGUUGGAACAUUGGUCGCCAUCUCGACCGCAAAAGAUCAUUUCAAGACGAUCUGUAUGCCCGCUAUCAUCUCAGAACACCGCAUUCGAGAUGGACUCGACCAAAAUCCACCAACAAUUUACUUUCAAUGGGCUAAUCUUAGCGAUGCCAUAAUGGAUCCGAACCAAGAACUAAUUAUGGUAGAGACACGUUAUGGUUAUUUUGAAGCUGUUCGUCAUAGCAUGGUUGGCCUACAGCACGUCGCUAACAACGAGACCCCGCUUGACAAGUACUUGGUCCAGGCAGACAAGAGUGAUCUCAUUGCAAAGUAUGUCGAAGACAAUCCUCUUCGGGAUAUUAGGUCACUCGUGCAUCACAUCCCAGAUUCCUCGUCAAUGACAGAGAGUGAGAAACACGCGAAGAUAGCCGAGGUUUGUGAGCCUCUUCGGAACUACUCUGUGCUCGAAGGCUUUGACGGCCAGCUUUCUCGGUAUACCAAUCUGGACAAUUCUCAGCUCAGCGCUGUGCAUCGCAUCCUCACUAAAGAGUUGGCUAUUGUCCAGGGUCCCCCUGGGACCGGGAAGACAUUCACUUCGGUGCAGGCUCUGCGGAUCCUUCUGGAAAGCCAAGAGAAAGGUAGCAAUGUAAUUAUUGUCGCGGCUCAGACGAACCAUGCUGUUGAUCAAAUUUUGCUCCAACUCAUUAAUGCCGACUUUAACGUCGUACGGCUUGGUGGACGCACUCAGAACGAGGAGAUCAAACGUUAUAGCAUGUACAACCUCCGGAAGCGCGCCAGGACACUAUUGAACCCACGAGUAGACAAAGAUUUCAAAACAUUCGAGUCGGCUCGUAAGAGGAACAUCGCCGAGUUGGAAAAUAUCAUCCACAAUGUCUUCCCCGAUAACUUGAUCGAUCCUAAUAUCUUGAGAUCUACAGGUAUCAUAUCGGAGAAUCAGCUCGAGUCUCUUCUUGCCGAACAGGAAUGGGCCGACACGUCAUCCUCACAAGACCAGCCACCCGGCUUGUUGGCGGAGUGGUUAGGAGAUCAAUUAGUGAAGGCGAAGCGGCAAGACGAGAAAGAUCCCGAAUUCGAAGCAUUCGAAGACCAUGAUAGUGUUGAUAUAGACGUGGAAGAUUACGAUAUGGAGCUCGACAACUGUGUUGAUGAUGAGUAUGAGAACACUGGCCGUAUAGAAGGCAGGUUUUUGCCAAUUGAGCAUCUAUGGACAGGUUUAAAUACUCACAAUUAUACCGAGGACGACCUUGUCGUCCGCAGAGAGCUUCGUAAGCCGAAUCUGUGGGACGUAGACGUUAAGCAUCGCGGUGCUGUCUAUCAGUUCUGGCAGAAGGAGCUACUGUUACGGCAUCGCCAAAAAUUCCGCGAUGUACUUGCCGACAACGCUCGAAUCACAAAGAAUCUCAAGAUCAACCGCUGGUACAAAGAUACACAAUGCAUCAAAUCGCGGAAGAUUGAGAUUAUAGGGUGCACUACCACGGGAUUAUGCAAGUAUCGUGGCUUGCUAGCUGCCCUCCGGCCGCGCACUAUGUUAAUCGAGGAGGCAGCUGAGACACGGGAGGCAAAUAUCCUUUCGGCAUUGUAUGAAUCGCUUCAGCAGCUUAUUUUAGUCGGCGAUCAUCAACAGCUGGCUCCGCAUAGCGACACGCCCGGCCUAGGGGGGCAUCCGUUUUAUAUACGUGUGUCCAUGUUUGAACGCCUCGUAUAUCUGAAUAUGCCAUUCACCUUUCUGAACAUGCAGCGGAGAAUGAUCCCGACAUUGCGUGAAAUAUUGAACCCAUUUUAUCCAGACCUUCAAGAUCAUCCCGUGGUGACCCAGGGCCAUGCUAGACCGCCCAUUCCUGGCAUGAUGUACCCUUCUUUCUUCUUCCAUCAUUAUUGGACCGAGGGCCAGGAUGAGAACUUGAGCAAGUUCAAUAUCCUAGAGGCCGAGAUGAUAAUCCACUUCAUAGACUAUCUACUCAUGAAUGGUAUAUCAGCAAGCCAAAUCACCGUUUUGACCUUCUACCGAGGUCAAAAGAAGAAAAUUAUCACUCAGUUCAAGAGCAAGAUGAAGCGAUGGGCGCCCUUUACGAACGUUUUCACGGUGGACUCGUACCAAGGAGAGGAAAACGACAUUGUUAUUUUGUCAUUAGUGAGAAGCAGGGGCAGUGACGGACCGCACCAAGCGGGUUUCCUCCAAGAUAAGAACCGUGGCGUUGUCUCAAUUAGUCGAGCUCGCCGCGGCUUUUACGUCUUUGGCAAUAUAGUUAAUCUGGCGUAUGCGAGCGAAACAUCAUGGGACAUGUGGGGAAAAGUAUAUGAAGUCUUUGUAGCGCAGGGUCGAUUUGGAGAUGAGUCUCGUUUUCCAAUCACAUGCCAGAAGCAUCACAGGACAACUUGGAUGUCUCACCCAGAAGACUGGGUUAACUGUCACGGCGGUUGCGAUCUGAAAUGUCCAGAUCGGCUUAGUUGUGGCCAUUUAUGCGGACGUCAAUGCCAUUGGGCAACCCAUGAUAAGCUGAUAUGUCAAGAACCAUGCGAACGAGUCCUCUUGUGUGGUCAUAGAUGUCAGCGGUUUUGUGGCGAUGGCUGUCUAUGUAGCUGUGCUGACUUCACUGGCGCUUAUCCUCACGAUGAGUUUUUACCUGAGGAUGGGACCCUCGGCGUGGAGGAACGAGGCGUGGAUUAUGAUAAAUCCCGUGUCGCACCGUUCAUAAGCCUGGACCAACGCCGCGAGAGUGCAGCAUUGGGUGGUAGAGGCAAUCUACCAGGUACUCGACGCCCCCUUGGCUCUAGACUAGGACUGGGGUAUGAGUGGGCCGCCUUCAAUGCUCAAAUGGAUGAUGAGAAGACAUCUAGAAAAGUUCUAGCGGGAUCAUCGCAUCCGCUCGCUGGCACUACAAUCCAAGAUAUCUUCAGGCCAGUAACGUUAGACGACUAUGGUGUGCGCAAUGUCGGGAAAAGUAUCAUUGCUAGGACUUCACCGUCACCUGAGAAGAACAGCAAUGGAGUCCUUACCUUCAAGGAUGGCGUAGAGACAGUUGUCCUCGGCACUAGUUCGUUGAACCUUGGUCAUGAUGGUAUCCCCAAUACACCGGCUAAAUACGGCUCAGCCAGAUCCCCAGCCCCGGGUGGCUUACAGCAACAUAACACCGACGUAGCACCAUCACAAUUGCAGGCGGGAGGGAUUGCAUUGGGUUCUCAUUCGCAACCUCGAGAAAGUUCGUGGCCCUCUAAUAUUACGACCGUGCCUGCGGGAUAUCGGGCUGACAAGCCGGAAUGGGAAUUACCCACACAUAGCGACACAACCUCCGUUACGAGGAAGAGCGACAACGAAGUGGAGGGCGAUACUGCGGUGGGGCUGAGUAGUGACGUUGGAGAGGAUGACCUAAUGACUUUCUAG